UUUAUAACAUAAAUAUUAUAUUAAUAAAGUUGUACUAGCCCCGAAUCCCGAUUAAUGAUGACCUGAAUGAUACCGUUCUCCCGGCUUCGACGACUAUUUGUAAAUUUUAAUGUUUAAAUGUAAUUUUAGAAAUUACUGUAUAUAAUUUUAAGUUUUUUGUAUUUUGUCUUUUUUUUUUUAAGUUUUAUCUUUUAGUCUAGCGUGCAUUUGAAUUUAAAACUGACGUGUACUUUUAUAAUUUUCAUUAAAUUUAGAAUAUUAUUAGUACACGACAUUUGAAAAUAUGACGACAUUAAGAGAAAUGAAUAUGAAACAGAAGGGAAUUGUAAAAAAAAAUCUAAGGCCCAGAUGUGUCGUUACAGAUCCUUAUGAAAAAUUUUGGCCAAUUUUAGAUUUAGAAAAAUCUCAAUUACUAGUUGAUGAGAUGGAAAAAAGUAUAUCUAAAGAAAAUGGUAAGUUAAAAGUAGAUUGGUUUACUUUAAAGAAAUUACCUUUGGAUGUACGAAAAUGUCAAAUUAAAAAUCUUUCCAUUGCACAUAAACAACAUAUAAGUCCUGAAUUAAAAGCACAAAGAUCAGUUUUAAAAAUGGGUAUCAAUGAAGUUAGUAGAUGUAUUGAAAAAGAUCAAAUAACUUGUUGUUUGAUAGCAGAAGAUGUGGCAAACUGUAUGAUUGCUAAGCAUUUGCUUUUUAUGACUUCAGCAAAAAAAAUACCAGUUCUAAUUCUUCCAGAUAUGCGUUCAAUUACAAAACGUUUUAUAGGUUUUUCUUCUGCAGUGUUAGGAUUGAAGAAUGAUAUAUUGAAUAAACCAGCAAGUCCUUUAUAUAAUCUCUAUCAAACUAUUAUUCAACUGUCAAAUACAUUUAAAAAUCCAAAUAUUAAACAAAUCAAUAUAAGGGAAUUGAAAUCUAAAGAAAAACCUGUAGGAUUAAAUGUUAAUAUUGAAAAUUAUUUACUUAAGAAGCCCCGAGAAGGAAAAGCUUUUGUACCAGGAGGAACAUCAAAUAUUCACACAUUAAAUGAUUUAUCAUUUAUACCUAUUGCAAAAAUGGUAGUUGAAGAAGAACAACCUUUUGAACAUGAAGAAGUACUAUUUGAAAUACCAAAAUCUACUGAUUUAUUUAGUAUCGACACUAAACCUACAGUCAUUGAGGAUACAGGUGAAUCUGUGGAACGGAAAACAAAAACGUAUAAAGCGCCUUUAUUGAGAUACCAUGGAUUAAAAAUGAAAAAAAUGAAACCCAAUCCCAACAGAAAACUUAAAGAAAAAAAAAGUAAUUAGUACGUACAUAAAAAGGAAUACAAUUUCAUAUAACUAUUCAUAUUGUUUAUUUAUUUUAUAUAAAAAAAUAUAUACAUAAAUAAAUUAUAUAAUCAA